UUCCAGUGGAGAGGUGUACGCUGGCUCUUGAAACACUGUUUGGUGCGUUGCAGCGGAGAGGGCUUCCCAAUGCAUCCACUCUGAUCCACAGAGUCCUGCCAUCGGGUGUAGACUAGAGAGAGCCGACCUUGCCCUUCGAGAAUGGCCGAAUCGUUUGCCUUUGGGGAGGUGGAGAGGACGAGAGACGAGAAGCCGGGUAUGUUCAGGGCCUGGCGUGACAAGGACAUCACCACCAGGACCAGCCUGCAAAGCUUGGAAGAGUUCAACGUGCACUUCAGCAGAUAUGUCAACCGCACCCGGACCUUCGACCAAGGCACCACCUCGUUCGGGAGACAACUGGAGAGUCUGCGGCAAGUCAAAGAGCUCUCGGGGCUGGAGGAGGUCUUCACCGAACAGAUCCAGCAGAACCAGCAUAGUAUCUGGGACCUUCACAACCAACUGAACUGUCUGGAACAGGAGCUGAAGGAGGCGCAGAGAGCCCUGGAUGACUAUCGCACCAGCUACAGGACGGAAUGUGAACAUCAAGAGAAUUUGCAGGACACUGUUGUAACCUUGAUGAAGGAUACCAAUGAAGCCUUGUUGAAGAAUCUGGAGCUCCAGGUUCGUACUCAAUUCCUGCAGGAAGACAUAGACAGCACUAAAGAAAGAAACAUGAAGAAUCUGUCUGAGAUUCAGAGUUACAUGAAUGUCCUAAAGCAAGUCCACCCGGCCACGAGUAAUGACUACCCAACGCCGGCAAGCUCGGAGGCUGCAGUGCAAGAUGGGCCGACGGAGGGACAUUACAUGGACAAAGUGCAGUCGUACAACGAGCAAAUUGACGACCUGCGUAAAAAGACGGAGGAGGCAGCGUUGAGCUUGGAGCUGUGCGCCAGCGAGUGUCACCAGGUCGUGAUGUACCAACACUCUCUGGAGGACGAGCUGGAGCGUUACAAGCGAUUUGUGGCCGAUGACGAUUAUCGAUUGCAAUCCACAGUCAGUGAAGAAGAAAUCAGCGUGCUGGACGCAGGAUCUCCGUAUGAGUGUGAACAAGAUGCUCCUGAGGGCAAGGGAGUGAAAAGCAAAGACGUCCUGUCUUCAGAUGCCGGUGAGGAGGAGAGAGACCCGGGAAAGUAUUCAGAAGUCAACGUCCGUAAUGGAAACGAGGAAGACAAAGAGGAAGGAGAUGGAGUGUGGGAUGUGGGCUUGGAUGACGUGCCGGAUGGAGCCCAGAUAAGUAGAGCUUAUGAUGCCUUGUGUAACAUGGUGAGAGAGAGGAUGAAAAAACACCGGCGACCAGAGGUACCAGCAGCAGCGUUCUACACCAAAGGGCACCAGGUGCUGGUCACGGGGGAGUCCAGCUACACCGAUCCAUUCUUCUGUGCGUUGGUCCCAGCAAGGAGCCAAGUCAUCGUCACCUUUGAUGACCAACAACAUCCCGGCCCCAUGGAUUUUCGUCCCCAGCCAGACCCGGCCGAGCCGCCGAGUUACAACGGGGGCAACGGCGAGGGAGAAAGCGGGCACGACUCUGACGGCGAGAAGGACAAGGACAAGGCCGAGGACAAGAAGCCAGAUGACAACAAAUCGGACGCCAACCGGGAACCCAAGAAGCCUCCAAUUUCACCGCCCGCACCGCUCCCAGCCCCACCGCCAUCUGCGCCAGAACCUCCACAGCCAGCCGACAACAAGCCAAUACCCAGUGGCCCAUCCGUGCCCAACCUAGACCCAGGGGGCUCGGACGACCUGGGCUCCAAAUUGCCCGCCUCCCACAAAGAACACAAAACGUGCGAGCAGCAAAACAGGCUGAUGGCGACUUCUCACCCAGCCUCGUCGGGCGACAGACCUCUGAAGGAACCGAAUUACAAGUACUAUGAAAAGAUCGAAAUGAUCGAGGCUGUCGAGACAUUCACGGACAAUAAACUGCAAGGUUACGAAGAGACUUCCACAAUUGUUGAGACCACCGUGGAAAAGACAAAGCAAGAUAUGAAAGCAAAGAUUUAAAUUAUUGCCGUUCAACGAAGCAUAUAUUUAAAAAAAAUUGUACUUGACAAAAAAAAUUGUAAUGCUUUACUUUUCAUAGCUAAAAACUGUACAUUUUUUGUAACAUUGAAUUUUCAGAACUCAAGUUAAUACCAAGUAGAUUAGCAAUUAAUAAUUUGUGUGCAAUUGAUGGAAAUGGCUGAUUGAGUAUCUUUAAAAACAUUAAUAUAUAUACAAUUUGUAAAGAUGACACUGUUAAAUUAUCUCCUAAGAGCUUCAGUUCAUGUCGUGAUUAACAUUUAGUUUCCAAAGUAAAUGGAGUCCAUUUUAAGGUUUUAAUAGGAGAAAUGUGGAUUUAUAUUGACAACUUUUUCCAGGGAAUAUUUAAGAACAAUUAUACUUAAUCUUAUUUGUGAAGUGUGCAAAAAUAAGGUAGAAUGAUUUUAGAAAGUUUAACUGGUUUACAUGAUGCAGAAGCCCGGAGUGAAAAUAUGAUUGAAUAUCUUCCAGUGAUCAGUAUAUAUGUGUUUUGUAAAACAAAAUAUAAUAAAUCAAACUGGUUGAGGUUUA